AUGGUGUUUAGAAAGCUGCGUUGUUACGUCUGCGAUGGAAGAUUUGCGCCUCGUCUAAUGACCCGAAUUGACGGAGAUGACAAUGCUGCCAAAAGAGAAAUUGCGAUCAAUCGACGAGAUGGAUUUCAAAGACCGGCAUUAGAAGUAACUGAUUUGACAAAAAUAUGCACCAACUGUAAUCAAUCGAUUCGUAAUGAAAUUGUUGCUAUCGAGGAAGAUCCUGCCUGUUUAAGACUAAAUGUUUUAACACAGACGCGAAAUAGCACUUGCCUUAUAUGUGAUAGAACUGAUAAUUUGAACGUAUUAUCAAUCGAAUGUAAAGUGAAUGUUUUUAUAUCACACAAUAUUUUCAUUCCACAAAACACCAAGUCUUGUCAACAUCAUUUGAAUGUCGAAGGUAUGCUUCUUGGGCCGCUUGUCCAAGGUUUACGUUUCAUCAACAGGCCAUAUGUAAUCAGAGGUCUUUAUCUUCAAGCCUUCUUACAAGGACUUCGUAAUGUGACAAAUCAACCAAGAAAAUUCGAUGAAAAUAAUCUUUCAGAUAGUGAAUUUCAAUGUCUAUGUCCUAUAAACAAACAACAGUUCGCAGAAUUGUUCACUUUUUGUGAUACAGUACCUUGUACUGGUGGUUACAGGUAUGUACAUAAAAAGGACCUUCUUAUGUUCUUAUGUAAAAUGCGCCAGGGUCUAUCGGAUGAGUUCCUCAGAAUUAUAUUUCAGUACCCGAGUAGGCGAGCAACGAGUAUGGCUGUUGCUACAGUGCGACAGUCUUUAAUGCUUCGUUUUGUACCACAGAAUAUAGGAUUCGACGCUAUAACCAGACAAGAUUAUAUCGAUAGACAUGUGACUGAUUUUGACAAUAUCUUAUAUAAUGCAGAACCACAAACCCGUAGAGUAAUUACAUGCAUUGAUGGUACGUAUAUGUAUAUACAGAAAAGUAGCAAUUUUAGAGCUCUUCGGCAGUCAUAUUGCGUUCACAAAGGUCGGCACUUAGUUAAACCAGUACUGAUAGUUGCUCCUGAUGGAUACAUUUUAGAUAUCCAGGGACCGUACUUUUCGGAUAGUCGCAAUAAUGAUGCUGCGAUACUACAGAAUGAAGCAGAUGCUGAUCGGAUGUUAAGAUGGUUCCAAGAAGAUGAUAUUGUCAUUGUUGAUAGAGGAUACAGGGAUGCCAUUGACCUUCUAAGGCGUUUGGGCAUCACAUGGAAAAUGCCAGCGCUUCUUCCACGAAAUCAAUGUCAACUCAGUACCGAUGAAGCGAACGAGUCCCGUCUUGUGACAAAGCAAAGGUGGAUUGUCGAAGCGAGAAACGGACACCUGAAGUUAAUUUUCAAAUUCCUACAGCAGACAAUAUCGAUGCAUCAUGUUCCUAAUCUUGGUGAUUUUUGUAGAAUAGCAGGUGCUAUCAUAAAUAGAUACCAUCCCACUAUCGAAAUGGAAGGAGCUGAUGCCGAAAAAGCUUAUGAAAUGCUUGAGAAAGCUAAAGAACCGAACAUAGUACAAGCUCUAGUUGAGGUUGAAAAUCUGAAGACCAGGAACGCUCAACGGUGGGUACCGAUAAAUGAUGCACAAUUAGUAGACUUUCCAAUGUUAGAUAUUGAAUACCUAAAGAUGUUAACCGUUGGCAUUUAUCAAAUAAAACUAGCACCCGCAUACGUGCAGGAUAACGUACAACGAAAUGACGAUGAACAAUUCCAUAUUGACAUGCUACGGGACGCAAACCGUCUGCCACAACCGGGAUUACUGAGAGUGAGAAUUUAUUCUAGGUUUCGCAAUGCAGCGAAAUAUCAACUUUGGAUUACGUAUAGACCCAACGAUGAUAACGAGGUAGACGAUGGCAUGGACGGAAACAUGAAUGAGGAAGUUUCACCAAUAUUAGGUUAUUAUUGUACCUGUAAGUCUGGUACUCGUACACUUGGUACUUGUGCACACAUAAGCAGCAUUUUGUGGUAUUUGGGUUAUGCUAGAUACCAGGAAAACAUUCACUACCCAUCAACCAGACUCAUCCAAACCGUCGCUGAUGCAGGCAACCGACCACUUCCAAGAAAUGAUCAUAUGCCUUAA